UGUGAUGUGGUUAUCGACAGGCAACCCGACUUUGGCCAUCCGAACUCGGCUAACGCUACUCUGGUUUCAGGUUGCUGCAGCGUCGACGCCAAAGGGCUCGAAGCCCGCUGCUACCGUUGACAAAGCACACGGUUCGUCUCCUGUCAAAGACGCCGCUCCCGCCGCUGCCGCAGCAGACGCCUCGAAUGAUGCAGCCUCCUCCCCAAAUGCACAGCAGACGACCGGAAGUGAGCAGGACGACGAGUCUAAGGUUGUCGCGGGGUUAAAGAACCUCAAGCUCGAAGCCAAAUCGCCGCCGAAUCUCGUCGUCAACGGGUCUCAAACCAGCACGGCGGAAAAGUCGAGCAAGGUUGGCAACGGCCAGACGCCUUCAGACGACACAUCGCAGCGAGCGGACUCCAAUUCCGAGUUAGGAACCAAACCUCCUAGCCUAGACGGCAAGAGUAUCACCUCGGGUACCACGUUCGCCCUGGAUGAGAAGGAGUCACUGCGCCCGGACGACAGCGCCAGCGUCAAAGCCGCGGCAGAGGACGAUGAUGCCUUUUCAGUUCGCGGUUCGUACAUGGCUGGAUCCCGCAUGGGAUCGGACGUUGCGGCUCGCAUUCAGCGUAUUCAGAUCGGAGACAUGCCGCCGCGGGCUCUUCCCGCCCAUAACGCCUUGGCUGGAAACAAGGGCCAGGGCGUCGGCACACCGCCCAGCGGCGUCUCCGACAAACAGGCAGUAGCAGAGUCGAAAGGUUCCUUGGGUGGCGGAGCGACAACUCCUGAUGCCCUGGCACCCAACGCCUUCUAUAGUCAGCAUCCCGACGAGAAGCUUCUCGAGGCGAUGCAGUCUCCCAAGGACCGUAUCUUUCUGCUGAGGCUGGAGCAGCAAGUCAUUGAAUUUGUCCAGGACUCGAAGGAGCCUUACAUGGACCUGCCCCCGAGCAACUCGUUCUGCAGGAUGUUGACACACCGCCUGGCAGAUUAUUACCAUAUGACGCACUCUUACGAGGCAGCUCAGGGAGCAGUCCGUAUCUUCCGGACUCCCUUUUGCCGGAUCCCUCCUUCACUGUCGAGUAUCGCGGCAAGCACGUCAAACAGCAGUUCGCCUGCUCCAGUCGUGCUGCCGCGAAAGAUCAUGCGUCGCGGGGAAGAUGGAGAGCUGGGUCCUGCCAGCGCCACCCCUUCCAAGCCCACGUCAGAAGCAGGUAGCGAAUCCAAGGAGAAGCCUGCCCCGCCGAAGGAGAAACUCACGAGAGAGGAGCGCGAAGAAGCAUACAAUAGAGCCAGACAGCGGAUUUUUGGGAGCGUUGAGAAGUCCGAAAACUCCAACCAAGAUGGUGAGGAUAGCAAUGGGGUCUCCCGUGCUAGCUCAGUUUCAGGAAAAGACAAACCCAACGGUGGAAAGAGAAAGCCAAAGCGCCGGGACGACUCUGAAAACUUCGAGUCGCGGUCGCAGUUCGUCGCGUGGCCGCAGCAUCCCGGCUGGGGUCCCUCAGCACCUCAGUAUUUCCCAGUCAAUGCAGCCCCGUUCGCCGGACAAUUCCAGCAGCCAUACCCAAACACGCCGCAACCCGUAUAUGCGCCUAGCCAGGCAUACGCGCCCCAAAUGGUGCCCAACAACGGGUUUGCUCCUCAGUACACAGGGAUGCCGACCUAUCCAACGCCGCCCUUGCCACCGGCCGUGCCACAAGCUGUACCCCCGCCGCCGCAACAGGGAUACCGGGGCCCUAACCCUCCCAUGGGCGGGCCGUACGGCAGCCCAAUGCCAAGCAUUUCGCAGCCGGAGUGGCCGCAGCAAGGGUUCAACCAGAACGCUUACCCCCCGCGGUCCAGCCCGGUUCCGCCGGCGGGAAUCCCUUAUGCCUAUGGGCAGCUUCCGGCAAAUGCCAACCCCAGUGACCCCAAGAGCCAGCACCCCAUUCCCGGGAGCUAUAACCGACAAGCAUUCAACCCAAAGACGCAAUCGUUCGUCCCAGGAAAUGGGCUCCCACUGCAGCCUCCGCCGCCACCGCAUGUGUCCGGUCCGUACGGAGGUUCCAACUCCCGCCAUGGCAGCCCCCAGUUCCACUCGCCUCACGUAAACUAUAGCGGAUACCAACAGCCACUGCCUCAGCCAGGGUUCGCCCCUCCGCCGGGGCCGUAUGGUAUGACGAGGCAAGGGUCCAACAACUCGAUGCCGCCGUACCACGCUGUGCAGCAGCCUCCCCACGUGCAGCCUCCCCCCCCUCACGGAUCACAGCAUAUGCCCCCUGGAGGCCCCAUGCACAUGCCCAACAAGCCUGCCGGGCCUGCUCCCACAGGACCGGGCCAGUCAUUCAGUCAUCUUCCCAACUACGGCAACCCGGCCACAUUGCCGCAGAAACCUUCCACUUAACGAGAGAAGUUCGAGCAUCGAAAGCGUGUCAGGAGUCACCAAUGGAUACUGGGUUCAUGAGGCGUAACAUGGUUGGCGGUGGCGCAUGUAUCGGGGCGUUUUGGGAGUAAGCAGGCGAUGCCUGAGAUGGUUGCUGUGUUGGAGAAGACCAUCGCGCUGAGAGAGACCACACACGUGUUUUCCGCUCAUUUCUUGCAAGGGAGCAGGCGGCUACGAUAAAGAGAAAGGGCGGGCGGUUCUGUAGGUGU